AUGGAGCCAGAUGGGGACCUAAAUCCAGACAAAGACGACCUUCCGCUCCGAGCUAAUACUAACCACAUUCUUGUCAGACAUUAUGUGCUGGACCUGACAGUUCAUUUUGACAAGAAGGUCAUUGGUGGAAGUAUUGUUUUGUUCCUGGAGCCUUGCUCUGCAGGGGGCACAAAGGCUGAUGAUGACAUUGAGCCUGGAGCUGGUGAUAUUGGGACUAAAUUUCAGGACUUUGGUGCAAUGGGGGCAGGUACAACAGAGCACAGAAACCCUGAAACGGGGAAGGAGAAGCUGUUUGACAAAGCUGAAUUACAGCCCGAGUGUGGAUCCCAGACUGAAAGUGACAACAGUAACGUUCAAGCUUCACAACUGUGGCAAAACACAGGUGAUUUCACCUUAGUGCUGGACUGCUGUGACCUCGAUGUGUCAAAGGUGGAAGAGGUGGACAUCAUUUCUGUGUUGGACCACCUUCCAAACGUUGCAUCUGAAAGUUCAGCAUCAGUGAGUCCACAGGAAGCCUUCAUUCAGAAGCUUUUAUCUACACAUUCUGAACAGUGGAGACAGAAGCAUCGGUUAUUUUCGCUGUGCAGCCAUGCUCCUGGUGCUCCAGAUGGUGGCUCACUGCAGUUUAGUAAAGAUCGCUGGAGUCUGCAGGUGAGGAAGAUGGGGGUAAAGACACCUCAGGAGUUCCCCUGUGUUAUCAGAAUCUUCUACAGGACAAGACCCUCAGGAGGCUCGGUGAGAUGGACCAAGGAUCAAGACAGGAGGGUGUGUGUUUACACUGCCGGUUCUCCCAUCAACAACCGAGCCCUCUUCCCCUGCCAGGAGCCGCCUGUUGCCAUGUCAACAUGGCAGGCAACAGUACGGGCCCCCAGUGAGUGUGUGGUUUUGAUGAGCGGGGAGGAUCAGGCUGUUCCUGCUGAGGACAGGGACACACAUUCCUUAAUCUGGAAUUAUUAUGUCACAAUGCCCAUGCCUGCAUCCACCCUUGCUUUGGCAGUGGGUUACUGGUGCCAGGUCACAGCAGAAACCUUUCCAGUGCAAGAAAAAGAGGUUGAAGUUGGGGCAGACUGUGGCAAACCUAUUGCUGGGUUUGUUGAACUGACUGAGUCCGGACUGGGAGGCUCCUCUAGUGAAGUCCUAAAGGGCACACAGCUUCAGACUGGCAGAGGAGACCAGACCACCAGGAUUGACUCUGCAUUGUGUCACUCAUCUCUUGAGAAUGAGAACCUCACUGCAGCUGAUUAUUUAAGCAUGGCAGAUGACGGCAUUUCUUGUUCCCAUGGCGACUACCCUUGCCGGUUUGCUGAACGGUCGGCUUGGUCCCAGCGGGUGAUUCCACACCGUGUAUUUAGCCCGGUCUGCCUGCUCCAGAAGGCCCAGGCUGGUGUCCUCAAGCUGUUGCCCCAGUGUCUGGCUGCAGCCCAUGACGUCCUCGGGGUUCACCCCUUUCCCCGUCUUGAUGUUCUCAUCGUCUCAGCAGAGUUCUCCAGUCUUGGCAUGGCCAGCCCCCAUAUAAUCUUCCUGUCCCAGAGUGUUUUGUGCCCUGGAAAUUCUGAUUUUGGAGUGGGAAGCCUGUCUCUAUGUGGGUCCAGGAUUUGCCAUGAGAUUGCCCACUCCUGGUUUGGCCUUGUGAUUGGAGCCAGAGACUGGACUGAGGAAUGGAUCAGCGAGGGCUUUGCAACCUGCCUGGAGGACAUUAUAUGGGCUCAAGCACAACAACUGUCUUUACAGGAGAGAACAGAGCAAUUUGACCUAAAGGCACUGCUGAGGUGGAGAAGACUUUCUGAUGAGCUGCAGAACUCAAAGGAGGAACUUCAGAUCCUGUUGGAGUUUCUCCAAAUUUGCAGCGAUAUUUAUAUGUUUUUUCCUUAUUUUGUUUUGUUCUUUGUUUAGGGCUACUUCCUCCUCAGAUUCUUGGCCAGCCAAGUGGGAGAGCAACAGCUAAUUGACUUUUUGAGAUUAUUUGUAAAGAAAUACCAUGGGCAGCUUGUUUUGUCUCAGGAUUUCCUGAAAAUGUUCCUUGUUGUCUUUUCCCACAUGGUGAGAAAAAGCCUCACCCUUCAGGGUAUUUACGCUGACUGGCUUGAUCCACCGGGAAUUCCAAAGUGGCUGCAUGAAAGGAGCGCCGUGUGGACACAGGCAAGGCUGGUGGAAGAAGUCAAAGCAGAGGUUGUAAAAUGGAUUCUCUCCAGUCGGAGUCACCAGGGGAAGGGCAGAAAGCGGAAGAGACUAGAGCCCAAGGUGAACUACAAAGAGCUGACGUCAGACCAGCUAGUGAUGCUUUUGGAACUUCUGCUGGAAGAAUCGGAGCUAAGCGUGGCAUUAAUGCGUGCUCUGCAAAGAACCUACAGCCUACAGAAACAAGACGCUGAGGUUCGACAUCGCUGGUGUGAGCUGGUGAUAAAACACGCCUACUCUCAGGCUUACGGAGAUGUUGAACAUUUUCUGCUUCAUGAUCAGGCUAUGGGGGUGUAUCUUUACGGGGAGUUGAUGGUUCAGGAGGACCCUGAGCAGCAGGCUCUGGCUCGUCGCUGCCUCUCAUUGGUCCAGGAGGAAAUGGACCAAUCAGCACGCAGGGUGGUAGAGGAGAUGAUCCUGUGACAUUCGAGAUUUCAGAUUGAACAGAAAAGGCGAGCGUA